AUGUCGGGCAGCCCAGCUGCGACCUCCGCCGCCGACGCGCGCGCGCUCGCCAACAAUGCCGUCACCUCUGAGCUGAAAACCGAUCCAGCUUCUACAGCGGCUGGGAAGGAAUCAUCGACGUCCCCGGAAACCAACUCGGCUGUCGACGCGAACCAAUCCAGCGCCAACUCGGAAGAGGACGCUCCCUUUGAACCCGAUACCGACCCGAUACCAGCUCCGACCACCGCUGGCGCCGCGAUCCACUCCGGGUCGGCGACCAAGGGUGUUGAAACCGAGUCGAAUGAACGAGGAACCUCUGUUACCACUCCAGCUCCGACCCACUCCGUGCCCGGAGCGAGUGCCUCGACCUCGACGUUCGCUCCCCCCGCCCCCGCCCCCGUCCAGGCCUCGCCCUCGCCCUCGACUUCGAACGUCUCCGAGUCGAUCGCCGGAUCUCGACCUCGUCGCGUGUCCGUUCUGUCAACCCAACCCGAUACCUCCGAUCAACGCAGCGUCGUCAAAUGGACUCCGGCCGACGAUCGCAAGCUCGACGAGGCCUUCGCAAAGUACGGCCCUUCGUGGGACGCUGUCGCCGCUGCUGUCGGGAAUGGGCGCACGAACCGAUCGUGCAAAGAGCGUCUCGGUCGUCGUCAGCGAUCGAACGAUCCGACUGUGUCGAUGGCACCCUUAACGGUCGUACCGCGGCGAGCCUCGAUCGAUGCCGGCGAAGGCGAUAGCCCGGGCCACGAGCAUGUCUUCAACCGACGCCCCUCGCCCUUUGCCGAUGCCGAAGGCGAGGACGAUUCCAUGGUCGUUGACGCCCCAGCUCCGCCUGCACCUGCACCCGCUCCCGCACCCGUCGUCGCCAAGCCAGCUCCGAUCGCCGCACCCGUCGCUUCCGAUACGCCGCCCAAGAUCAUUGGCAAGAAGCUCGGCAAGUCACGCCCCUCGGCAGCGAAGCUUGUGCCCACGGCCGCUCCAUCGGCUGCCACUACCUCCGCUGCUACUGCUGCUCCGGUUCCGGCUGCUGCUGCUGCUGUCGAGGUCCCCUCUACUUCAACGGCUCCACCACCAGCGGUCGACAAUCCGCUCGUCUACUCGGCUGCUACGGCCGAUCGCACCAUGGUCGCCGGCGGCGUGAGCGCGACGACGGCACGCAUCUUGAGCGCGGUCGACGACAGGCUCCGAGAGGCCGGCAUCGGUGGUCGCAUCCCUGGUCGCGCCGUCACGGCACCGGCAAACGGCGACGUCAAGCCCGAGGUCACGUCCGAAGAUACUUCCAGUUCACCUUCGACGUCGACGCCGACGCUCGCACCGAGCGCGGGCCACAACAUCGCGCUCACGACGCCAUUCAACAAGAACACCGUCAUCCGCGGUCGACGCACGAUGGCCGCGAACGAGAUGGAAGGCAAGCUCUUGUCCAAGACGGGCAAGAUCAAGAAGGUGCACAUCUGCCCGGCCGAUAGCUGCGACGCUGCGUUCAAGCGCUCCGAGCAUCUCAAGCGACACUACAAGGCUGUGCACAUUGGUGCCAAGCGUAAGUCUUCUUAAUGUGUGCUGUUGCGGCUCUUCGGACUCGAACUAAUUAUUGUUCCUUCCUGUUCGUAGCUUUCCCUUGCGAUGCUGAAGGGUGCGAUAAGACCUUCUCGCGCAAGGACAAUCUCCACCAGCACAUGAUCUUUGUGCAUUCGCUCAAGCCCAUACGUGAGGACGGCAUUCAAUUCCUUGACGAGCUCAUGCCGCCUGCCGCCCCUGUCCCUGCCGCUAUACCCGAAGUCGCCGUCGCCGCCAGUCCCGACGCUCCCGUCGAUGCCACUUCCGGCACCUUGGGCCCCUCUGUCCUUGCUCCCACUGCUUCGACCUCAGCUGCUCCAACGACACCCGCCGCCGUAGAGGGAUCGCAAUCGCCCGCUGCCGUCCCCGCUGCUCUGUCCAACACUGGGCAGUUCGCCUCGUCGCGUGGUCGCGUGCCUGUCCCGAUCCGUUACGAACCCAUCGCCGAAGAGGACAAGAACCGUCGUCGCAAGAUCGUGAGGAAGAUAAGCCCCGGUGGCACCUUCACGGAGGAGCACCUCAACUCACCCGGUCCCGGAGCUGCUGCGUCACCUUCGCCCUUGGCAGCGGAUGCGAAACCCAAGACGGAACCGGUCGAGCAAAGUCUGUCGAUGAAAGCUGCCUCUCCAGCCCCGCAAGCCGCGAAGGAGGCAAGCGUCGCAGCUGUCCCUCCCCCCGUUUCUCCCGUCGCUCCUGAAGUAGCAUCGACGUCUUCUUCGACUCCACCGGUGUUGCCCUCAGCGUCCACCUCGACCCCCCUCGACGAAGAAGCCACGACCAACUUAACGAGGACGCCCUCGACGAGCUCGAGGGCCAAGCUCGCUCGGGGUGGUGGACUCGGCGCUCGCUUCCGCCAAGGUCGAGGCGGAUCGAUCGCCGCGGCUGCUUCGGCCAUCGCGGCUGCGGGUGCUGCUUCGUCACCUACGACGACCAAACGGCCCGCUCAAGUGCCUGUGCAUCCUACACCCGUUAUCGAGGUUACGAACGGACAUGCUGCGAGACCGAGGGAGAACGUCGUCGAGGAACCGUCGAAUGAGGGUGGGGCGCUGGGGUUCGCACCUCCUCGCAAGCAUGCUCGUGAGGAGAGUGGGAACGACGACGAAGCCAGUGCUGCGAAACGAGCCAGGGAGAUCGAACUGGAUUCGGGGAAUGUCUCGGCUUGA